CCCUCAUUUGCCUGUACCCACCCCUAAAAAAGCUCCGGGACCCCCCUGCAGUCAGGACCACCGAGGCCGAAGGACACCCCAUGGCCGCAGCCACCAAGCAACGAGGGCAGCCCCCAAAAAAGAGGAGGAGGAGGAGGAAGCAGAAAGCCCAGCAGAUGAAGCCUCCCAUUAAGCAGAGAAGGUCGGGGAGCUGGAAACCAGUCCCAAAGGGACUCAAUUCCCAGUUGAAGAAGAAAUCCAACUGGAGGUGGCUCUCCGGGCCUGCAGGCCUCGUGCCACCGGUAGCCGGGCGCAUGUCGGUCAGGGCGAAGAAGUUGAUGAACUCCUUCAUGGACAACUUCAGCGAGGGGCUGGUGAGCGAGGCAGAUCGUUGGAGGAAGCAACGCCGAGGGUCCUUCAUCGGCACCACGGAGCUGAGGGCCGCCGCCGAGAAGAUCGUGAGGCGAAGAGGGGGGAGGUUUCCCUUUCCCGUGUCCCCCCCCCGUGCCAUGGAGCCCUGGGUGAUGCUGGACCCGCGGCAGAAGGCGCUGUACCGGGACGUGAUGCAGGAGAGCUACGAAACGCUGAUGUCCCUUGCUCAGGGGCUGGUGAGCGAAAAAGCCGCGGAGGAAGGCGCCGCCGAGCAGAUCCCCGAGGAGCUCGAAGCGCGCCCGUCCCGCAGCCCGGAGAGGGCCAAAACUUUGGGCUCCAACCGGAGGAAAACCAAACGGCCCGACAAAGCCGUACCCCACGGCCUCACCAAACUCCCCAAAACCACCCCGGCCCCCAAAUUAGACUGCGCCAAACCCCUCCGGGGGGGUGCAAGCGGCAAGGGCUCGGCACGGGAGCGACCCUACGGCUGUGCCGACUGCGGGAAAAGCUUCCCGUGGGCUUCGCACUUGGAGCGGCACCGGCGGGUGCACACGGGCGAGCGGCCUUUCGGCUGCCCCGAAUGCGGCGAGACCUACAGCCAAAGCUCCCACCUCCUCCAGCACCGCCGCACCCACGCCAGCGACCGGCCCCAUAAAUGCGGCGAGUGCGGCAAGCGUUUCGCCGGGGCGGCCGAGCUGGCGGCGCACGGCCGGGGCCACGCGGGCAAAAAACCCCACAAAUGCGGCGACUGCGGCAAAGGCUUCGUUUGGGCUUCCCACCUCGCCCGCCACCGCCGCGUCCACACUGGGGAAAAACCCUUUGGGUGCCCCGAGUGCGGCGAAGCUUUCACCCAAGGUUCCCACUUGGCCAAGCAUCGCCGUAGCCACACGGGCGAGCGGCCCCACCGGUGCCCGGCGUGCGGCAAGACUUUUGGCCAGAGCUCCGACCUGGCCCGCCACCGCCGCACCCAUUUGGGGAAAAAAGCUUUGCGCUGCGGGGAUUGCGGCAAGCUUUUCCGCGCGGGGCCGGCCCUGGCAAGGCACCAACGGGGUCACCGGCGAGAGCGCGCCCACCGCUGCGGCGACUGCGGGAAGGGUUUCGUUUGGGCAUCCCAUUUGGAGAGGCACCGGCGGGUGCACACGGGCGAGCGCCUUCCCUGCGGCAGCUGCGGCGAGCGCUUCGCCCAAAAAGCCCACCUCCUCCAGCACGCUAAAACCCACUCCCCCGACCGGCCCUAUAAAUGCGGGGAGUGCGGGAAGCGUUUCGGGGAGGCCCCCCCUUUCCUCGCCCACCAGCGGGGCCACGCGGCGCAGAAGAGCUACACGUGCGGGGAGUGCGGCAAGGGUUUCGCCUGGGCAUCCCACCUGGAGCGCCACCGCCGCGUCCACACCGGGGAAAAACCCUACGAGUGCCCCGAGUGCGGCGAAGCCUUCAGCCAGAGCUCCCACCUCACCAAGCACCGCCGCAGCCACCUCCCCAAAGUGGAUUUCUCCCAUUCCUCAAGGACCCAGCCGGUGGGGGGAAAGCCCCUCGCUGCGCCCCUGCUGCGCCGUGGGGUUGGCGAAUCCGCCCGGGGACUGCAGCGGAAAGGAGCAAUGAAGGACCCCGAAAGAAAACUUUGGGAUGGGGACGAGGCAAAGGACAGCAAGGGACACUUUUUCAUCGACCCUCUUUCCAUCGGGGUUUCUCCUUCCUGAUGUCUCCUAGAAGCGCUGGGGGAACGUUGUGUGCACCCUUGGUGCUGGGGACUCAAAAAAGGGACGUUUUUGGGGACAUGAAACCCCUUCCCAGGGGACACACGGUGCCCUAUUGCAUUGGGAAGGGUCGACGUGGGUUGCUGGGGCUGUCCUUGUGCCAAAAAUACGUGGUUAUUUGUGCCUGCUCCAUCUCGGGUCUGCUUUUUGGGGCUGGAGACGGGGAAACCGUGGGGAUAAACCAGACCUUGAGGGUGCAGCAAGCGGGGAGGGAGAUUUUUGGGGGGGAAAGAGGGGAAAAAUGUAAAUCCCAUGCCCUACAGCCAGCUGUGCCUGGCUCUCCUUGCACCACAACCCCAAAUCCCAUUGCUAACCCCAAAUCCCAUCGCCGCCCCCAGUGGGAAAUGUGUGGAGGGGUUUUAAAGCACGUGGAGCCUGUGGGAUGUGGUUAGGGUUGGAUCCUACUGGGAAAAAUCCCCCAGUUA